AUGUUUUCACUCAGAGGACUACCAAAUUCAUUUUGCUUUGUAUCAAAGUCACAAAUCAGAUGGAUAGGAACAAGUUUAGCGGUACAGAAUCUCAAGGUGCGAGAUGACCGUUGGAAAGAUAAACUGGCAGCAGAGAACAAAAUCGAUAAGGGGAGCAAACCAAUGGAUACAAAAAUUAAGACAAUGAAGACGCUCAAAAACUCUAAGAAUUCUACUCGUUAUUUGAGACGAAGUUUUGUACCAAACCACGGAACUAAAGAAAAUGGGUAUGAUAAUCUGGAAGAUGUUUUUAACAAGAAGUGCUUGAAGGUGAAGAAUUGUACAACGAUUACAACUGGAGAGGGAUAUAAUCUCAAAGAAUGCAUGAGGUUGCUUAACAGUAAAGGAUUAAAACCGACAGGUUUGGUAACUGAUGAAAUUGUUACAUUUAGUUAUCAGGAUAAUGGCACGAAAGGAGAUUUAAUGAUUCUAGGUCAAAAUGGAUCCAUUGUAGGCUGGGGAUUUGGUGAGUCUACCGUAAGGAACAAAAUAGUGCCUUUAGUUAAAGCAGCAAGUAUAAACCCUCUCAGUGAAGAGGAUUUUGAGACAGAGGAUAUGGAUUAUGUGGAAUUAGAGAAGAAAAAAGAUCUCGAAAAGCUUUUCAGCGGCAACAAGAACGUAACUCUAAAGACCGUAGACCAGAGCUUUCUUUCCGGUGAUUUGAUACUAAUUAACUCGCUAGAUUCUGAUCAAGGAAUGCUAGAUAAGGCAGCAUUUUCGAGCGGCCUGUCGAGAAGCACAAAUUUGGCAGUCCUAGAAGAAGCAAUGGAAAGGCAUAUAUCAAAGACCAGAACAAUAACGGAAAACAUUUCUAAGGGAACAACGCUGAAAUUAAAAUCGAGCGAUGCAUUAAAGUCAAUUGGCAGGCUCUUCUUAAUUAGAGGUAAGCUGAAUCUUUAUUCGGAGCUCAUUGAGACCCCUGAUCUCUAUUGGAGCGAACCCCAGUUGGAAUUGAUUUUCAAAAAUGUUUCGAGGUAUUUGGAUAUUGUUCCAAGAAUAAACAUCCUUAAUAGCAAACUGGAUUAUUCCACGGACGAAUGUCGAGCUCUCAUUUCCCUGUUAAACGAGAGAAAGGGCACAUUUUUGGAAUGGAUAAUUAUAUACCUGAUCGCUUUUGAAUUAUGCUUCGAACUAUUUCAUCUUUACCAAAGAUAUUCUCCCCAAAGUUUAGAACCUACGAAUGAUGAUCCGAGCGCUGACUAA